UAUGUUCUUUUCUAUAUUAUUGGGUUCUGAGCAAGAGUUUGAGCUGAGGGUUUCUUGGAUUUUAUGUUUGAUUUGCUUUUUGGUUGAAAACUGAUAAAUUAUUGCUUUAUUUGCAAAUUUUGAGCUAUGGGUAUCUUCCCUUUUGAUAUUUUUGAGUGAUUUUUUUGCAGAAAAAUUGAUUCUUUUGCAGCUUCACCUAUACUGUGUCUCAGAGUUGGAACUGCUGAUAAAGAUUUGAGUAAUAGGAUUACAACGGAGCGUCUAAUGAUCAUUGAAAAGAAAAUGAACAUGGUGAAUCAUAACAGCGGUGAAUUUGCUGAUGAGAAGUCAUUGGCAAUAUCAGCGCAGGAAAAAGGAAGUAGGAACAAGAGGAAAUUCUUAUCUGAGUCUCCUCUAGAUAUUCCUGUUGAUGCACCUGCCCUGUCCCUUACUGAAUUUCCAAGAUAUGAAUUAUUAGAGGAAAAACAUCAAAGCACACCUAACGGGGUCGGUUCACUCGAGGGCAGGUGUCAUCAGUCCAAUGAGAAACAAGGAGUGGAAACCUUACAACACGCCGACUGGGACGAUACAAUAGCAUGUCAGCUAAUGGAACUUUUAUUUCAUAACUUGUCCGCAACUUUCCAAAGCGCAAUCAAGAGGAUUGUUGAAUGCGGAUAUAGUGAGGAAAUAGCUGAAUGGGUCAUUUUAAGGAGUGGCCUUUAUCACGGUAGCAAGGAUGCUGUCUCAACUAUUGUUGACGGUGCCUUGGCUUUACUAAGUAGGGAAAAAGAAUUGGAUUCCUCUACACCUCUCAUAUUUGAGGAUUUAAAUAGCCUGGUUGAGUACACAAUGUUGGAGAUGAUAUGCGUGCUGAGGGAGGUUAAGCCAGCUUUUACCGUCGCAGAAGCAAUGUGGUGCCUUUUAAUAUGUGAUCUGAACCUGUUACAUGCAUGCGCCAUAGAAGGAGAUCUUCUUGGCGAGCUAUGCAGUUUAGAAAGUCCACGAGAAAGCUCAUCUGGUUCAAAACUUGCUCAAACAAAGGAGGCUUCUGAAGUGAUUCAAUCGAACGUGGAUAAACUACAAUCGUCAAAACCUUCAAUGCCGAUUGCUCAAAGUUUGCAUUCUGAAGUUCCUUGUGCCGAUGUAAUCGCUCAAUUGCAGGAGUCCAUAUACUCACAUCUUCAUGAAGUGGGAAUUACAGGGAACGAGAGUUCCUCAGGGCUUAUCAGGGAGAAUAUAUUGUCUUUGUCGAAGGCAGCAAUUUUAGAAGACAAAUCUGGAGCUGCGAAAAGGGGUUCGUCUAAGAAGGAUAUUCUUAGGCAAAAGUCAUUUCAUUUUGAGAAAAGCUACAAAGGUCGUAUGGGUAAGGGUUCCUUUAAAGCGAAACUCACCACCUGGGGCAGUAUGGUUUUGGACAAGACGCUCAACUCUGAAUCUGGUUCUUCUGGUUUUGUAAUGAAGAGUACUUACUCUAAGGUAACGACUUCACUUAAAACCAAUGGUCCUUUAGCUGAAGGAAGCUCUCAUAGCUCAAGCACCUCCCCGUCCAUCGCACCUUCAAGUGAAAUUUCUAGUGUGCAACCGACUCAAGAUACUGUUUGUGCAUUGCCUGCUGUUAACGCAAAUACCCCUGCUGUUGUAGACUAUUACGCUGGUAUUCCGUACGAUGAGUCUUUGGGCAAACAUGUCCCACAAAAUGAGAAAGAUGAAACUAUAUUGUUGCUAAUUUCCCGUAUGCAGACGCUGCAGAAAGAGCUCCAAGGGUGGACGGAUUGGGCCAAUGAGAAGGUUAUGCAGGCGGCUCGGAGGCUUGGAAAGGACAAGGAGGAGCUUAAAAUGCUGAGGCAAGAGAAAGAAGAGGCUGAGAAGUCUCAGAAGGAGCAGCAAAUGGUGGAGGAAAACACCACGAAGAGGCUUUCUGAAAUGGAGUAUGCAUUGUCAAAUGCCAGUGGCCAAAUUGAGAUGGCUAAUUCUUCUCUUCGCAGACUUGAGGUGGAGAAUUCUGUGCUAAAGAAGGAGAUGGAGGCUGCGAAGCUGGCUGCCGUGGAGUCUGCUACAAACUUCCACCAAGCUGUUGCAAGGGAGCAGGAGAUACUGAAGAAGUGUAAAGCAUGGAAGAUAGAGAAGGGCUCACUGCAGGACGACUUGUCUACCCUAAAGCAAAAAGCAGCUCAUUUGGAGCAGGAACUUGAGAGAGCCAAAAGGUGCCAGAGCCAGUUUAAGGCUCUGUCGGAGCAGGAGGAGAGGGAGAAACAAAGGGUUCUUCAGCAGGCUGAUUCCGUUAAGGCUGAAAGGGAGCAACGGGGAGUUGAGAGUAAAAUGGAGGAGGAUAAUAUGAGAGAAAUGGCAGAGAGCAACAUGCAAAAGUGUAAAGAAGAUAUCCGGAAGCUUGAGAGUGAAAUCGCUCGAUUGAGAUUGCAGUCUGAAGGUUCAAAAAUAGAAGCACUUAGAAGAGGAAUCGACGUGAGGCUGCAGUCUCCUAAAAUCACAAAGAACUCUGCACUCUUUGACAACAAUUUUGGCUCUAGAAGUGUGGAAAUGGAGAGGGAAUGUGUUAUGUGUUUGACCGAGGAAAUGUCAGUGGUUUUCCUCCCGUGUGCCCAUCAGGUUCUUUGUGGACAAUGCAACAUCCUUCACGAAAAGCAAGGAAUGAACGACUGUCCGUCUUGUAGGACGCCAAUUAAGAAGCGGAUUAAUGUUCGAUUUGCUCAUUCUUUUAGCAGUUAGCACAUUCAAGAUGGUGGCACAAUCAUCUUAAGAAUGAUGCCCUGAUCCAUUGUCAAAGAACAGACAAGGCAUGCAUUUUAUCAUGUCUCUUUCUUUGGCUUUACUUUCAUACCUUAGCUAAUACAAAACUGCAAAAAAGGUACAGAUAGGUAGAAACUAAUGUUAAAUUGCCUAAUGAGCCUUGUAAAUUUAUAGUGAAGGUUUCAUAUUUAAGUGUUAGAUCUUCUUGUUUAUUUCCCAUCAUUAAGUACUAUAGUACUUGACAGGAGAACUUGGUUCUUUUAAAUUGCUGAGUUAAUCCUGAUCAUCUUUUGUGCAGUGGUUUCU